AUUCCAGUCGUCAGUCUGUUAAUUUUUUGGGCCAUUAUAUCCAAAUGUAGAGUGAUUUGUAUCGGUGGAAGAUCUUUUCUUGAACGAGACGUUGACAUUUGUUUUUUUGUUUUUGUUUUUUUUUAAUGAACGAGGCGAAUUUUACGUUGUGAUAGUGCUGGAAAUUAUUUUUCCGAUCUGGCAACCUUCUUGGCCCAAGCCCUAGCAUUAGCAGCAGUCGGCCGCCAUUUUCCCUCCUGACGACUGUGAACGCUGGACGCAUCUUGUAAAGGAAGAAAGUUUAAAAAGUCAAAAUGGUGAAAAUAUUCGUGGGGAACCUGUCGCCCGAGACCACCUCGGACGAACUGCGGUCGCUCUUCUCCCAAUACGGCAAGAUCGCCGAGUGCUCCAUUCUGAAGAGCUUCGGAUUCGUGCACAUGGACAGCAAGGCCGAGGCGGAGGAGGCCAUCCGCAACCUCCAUCAGUACCAGCUGAACGGCCAGGCCAUGAACGUGGAGCUGAGCCGAGGCAAGACCAAGGGCUCCACCAAGCUCCACGUGGGCAACAUCGCCUGCACCAACCAGGAGCUGCGAGCCAAAUUCGAAGAGUACGGCUCUGUGGUGGAGUGCGACAUAGUUAAAAACUAUGCCUUUGUUCACAUGGAACGCAUGGAGGAUGCCAUGGAGGCCAUUCAUCAGUUAGACAACACGGCUUUUAAAGGGAAACUGAUGAGCGUGAAGCUUUCGACUAGCCGCCUCCGUACUGCGCCGGGAAUGGGAGACCGAUCGGGUUGUUAUCGUUGCGGGCAAGAAGGCCACUGGUCCAAAGAAUGCCCGCUAGAUCAAAACGGCUUCCACAGAAACGGCUCAGAGCCAAACUCUGAUGGAUUCGAUGCCACCAGAUUUGAUCAGAACCGGGCGUUUCAAGCGGGCUUCAGCGGCGCGGAAACGGAGUUCGCCGCCGCCGCCGCCGCCGGCUAUGCUCCCGUGCCGGGCGUUUCCCGCGGCGCCGCUCACAGCAGCAAUACGCCGGCGUUCAGAGCGGGUCCGGGCUUCGAGAAUGCAGCGAGGUACGCGGCGCAUCCAGGUUACGGCGUGUCCGGCACCGCGGCCGCUUACCAGAGCGACGGCACGUACUAUGGCGCGGUCCCGGGCUUCCCGGUGCGGCGGUCGCCUUACGAGGAGCGAGAUCCGUACGGAGUUGUGGACUACUACGGGAAGUACAGGGCCAAUAUGUACGGCGCCGCCGGUUAUUACGAGGAACAACGCGCCGCGACUACGCCUGCUCCAACGGCGGCCUCCACUACGCCUGUUCGCGCGGCGGCGUCUAGCGUGGAGGCCUAUCAGUGCCCCCAGGUUCCUGCUGCACCGGUCACCGUCCAACCGUACCACGCACGCGACCGGAGUCCGAUUCGGAGGGUCCCCGCCGAGGGCGAAGGAUACACGUAUCCGGGUUCGCAGAUCCCCACGGUUGGCCGCUUCCAAUAAGUACUUAACGAUCCGCGGGAGCCGGCGACGUUUCUCUUCUCUCAUUCUCACAUACACACAACUGAUAAUUAGGGCUUGUCAGCCAUUAGAAUUAGCCAAUAGUCAGUCAUGUUUGGCGGCAACACAAAAUCACAACCACGUUCAACAAGUGUUUCAUUUUGCUAGCAAAGAAAAUACUCCUUUUUGACAGUAUGACAAGUUUUGGGUGCAGUCAGCGUAUUAGCAUUUAGUGCAUGUGUUUUGUUUUCCUUUCCAAGCGAGGCAUGUUCUGUGGUUUUUUUUUUGCGUAGUCGUGAGAACUUAACAGUGUAGCCACGUAUAUGAGGCAAUGGUGUAACAUGUAAAUACUGCUUAGAUUGCCUACAUUGUACUUGAGGUUUAGAUGUCACGUCCAAAUGGGACGGUUUGUUUAUUCUAGGAGGAAUGCCGCUAUUUUGUUUUUGCAGUAUAUCUAGUUGGUUUAUAGUUAAAAAAAAAAAAAAAAAAGUGAUAUUGCAUUGCUGUAAACAGCCAAUUAUUUUUUCCUCAAAUUUUGAUUUCCUUAUAUGGGCUCUUUGAUGUCUGUCGCCUCCUAAUAAUAAUAAUAAAAUGAUUAAAGUCAACCUAUGGGUGUGUUUUAAUUGCGUGUUUUUGAGUUGUUGAAACUCUUGCCAUCUUUAGCUGGAUCUUAUCAAAACCUGAAUGCCCCUGAUACUAUAUAUAUAUUUUUUUAAUUGCUAAGGAAACCAGUUUUUUUUUUUUUUUUUUUUUAAACUCAGGAUCUACCUCAAGUACAGAUAAUUUGAUUUUGUAGUAAACACUUGGUCAAAUUCGAGGCAUACUCCCUUUCGAUUUCUCAAACAUAACGCGAAUGUUUUUUUGUUUUUGCAACGCGAGAGGAAAAAUACACGAGAUCUGAACCAUCAACAUUAAAGUAAUGACAACUCGAGUAAUUCGAUUACAAAAAAGACGAAUCAAAUCUCACUGCUUUGAGUAUUCGUGUAAUUAAAGUGGCGUUGCAAUGGUUUGUUUUGAAAGUGUUUGCAUUUAGUUUGAUUUGGGCGGAUACACUGCCCUCUAGUGGUAAUAGUGAAUAUGACAUCUCGUUUCACAUGGCUGAAUCCAGCUUCAUCCUGUUAAGACCAACAUAAGCUAAGUUUUUGUUUGAGCUAAUGUUUUUUUUAAUGCAUUCAUAAUUGUUUAUAGGUAUAUUUAGCAUUUUUUGUGGAAAUAUGUGUUUGAACCAUUUGUGAAGAGCAUUGUAAAAAAAAAAACAAAAAAAACAUUUUAUAGCAUUUAAGCUACCCGACAUUUGCUAAGUUGGCCAAUUGUUCUUAGAUCAUUUAUUUAUACACUGCCCUCUAGGGGCGACAAUUAAUAUAAUAGAAUUUCACAUGGUUGAAUCCAGCUGCUCCCUGUUAAGACCAACAUAAGUUUUUGUUUGAGCUAAUGUUUUUUUAAUGCAUUGGAAAUUUUUUAGAGGUAUAUUUAGCUGUUUUUUUUUGUGGGAAUAUGUGUUUGAAGAAUUUAAGAGCAUUGUUAAAAAAAAAAAAAAAAAAAAGUUUGCAUUUUAUAGCAUUUAAGCUAGCGGACAUUUGCUAAGUUGGCCAAUUGUUCUUUUGUUGUACUAAGGUCAUUUAUUUAUACACUGCCCUCCAGUGGCGACAGUGAAUAUAAUAGAAUUUCACAUGGCUGAAUCCAGCUGCUCCCUGUUAAGACCAACAUAAGCUAAGUUUUUCUAUGAGCUAAUGUUUUUUUAAUUAAUUUGCAAUUUUUUAGAGGUAUAUUUUGCUAUUUUUGUGGGAAUAUAUGUUUGAACAAUUUGUUAAGAGCACUAUAAAAAAGCAUUUUAUAGCAUUUAAGCUAGCGGACUUUUGUUAUGUAAGUUAGCCAAUCGUUAUUUUGUCGUAGAUCCUCAUUUAUUACACCUUUUGAGGCUCAACUCAGGAAUUUUAAUUUUUUUGUUUCUUACCUGAUUACUUGAUUAUUCGAACUACUUCAUCGAUUAAUCGACAACGACUAAAAUAAUCAAUAGCUGCAGCCCUCGACAACACCGCGAUGCCACUAUACAACUUAUUGGCUGCCAUUGUGUUGUAUACUUCCAAUUCAUUCCCAGUCGAUAUCGAUUUGACUUUUAUUGCUGUCAAUGGCAGCCAAUGACUUUUUACCUGAUAACAAAAGUUACAACAGUCGGACGAAUAUCGAUCUGCUUUCUUAUUUUUAGUAUUGUAAGUGGUAAUAUAUCAAAAGUAUUGUGUGGUCAAUAGAAAAAACUAUUCAUUUUUCUAGUUAUGGUACGUAUCGCCCUUAAUGGGGUACAACCAGUGAUAUUGCAAGUUUUUAGAAUUCUUAAGUUGAAUUUAAAGCAUUAAAAUGUUGAAUAUUCGCGUUCUAAAUAGAGCUAAAUUUCAAGCUAUUCAAAUGUGCGGCUUGUCUCCGUUUGCUACAACAUGGUGUCAUCUCGGGAGGCGCGGUUUAUGAACGACCAAUAGGAGCGCUUCUUAUUGCCGCGUUCCUUCCCUCAGCCUUUGUGGUCUUUGCGAGAGGCGCCAUUUUGUUUACUCGCUGGCGAGAGGAUUCCAAAACUACUAGCGCGGGGCGUUUUGCUGUUUUUGUUCCAACUCGGGGCCUCAUUGCCAAACAUU